AUGUUUGGCCAAAGAUACAGCCAUUUCUCAGAAAGUGGGCUAGACUCUGGCCCCGAAGAAGCACCUCGUGGACGACUCUCAAGGCCAGUGUCCGCAGAAGCUGUCCCACAAUUCAUCUCGAGAAACAGGCAAAGCUCAACUGACCUUGACCAAGGGCAUGGAACCCUCUUGUCGAGCGACGACUUUGGUAGCGCUAUGCGCCCAGCAAUGGCUAGAAGAGAACAGUUCCAACCCAGACGCUCGCUUAACAACAUUGAGGGGAAUCCCCUGAUUACGGGCCUUCCAGACAAUCAGCCUUCCACAGCGAGGUUAAAAUCUGGCACGCCUGCUAUGAACGUAUCAAUCAACAGAAAGCCAGUAGCUACAUCUACGUUCGACACCAUCGAUAGCCAAGGUUAUCAAAGUUUGAAACGGGGCUAUUCAAGUGAUGAGCCGCCUAGGAAAUCAGAGUGUGAACCAUUUACGGCCAAGCCGCUUUGGCGAAUAUGGGCCUGGGAGGUGUUCUACAUAUUUCUCAGCAUAUCCUCCUUCUUUUUGAUCGUUGCGGUCCUCUGCAGCUAUGACCAACAACCUUUGCCAGACUGGCCGCUGCAUAUCACGCUCAACACCUUCCUCGCCUUCUUUACUACACUGGCAAAAGCAGCCUUCAUGCUUCCUGUAUCUGUCGCAAUAAGCCAGACGCAAUGGUCGUGGUUCCUCAAAGACCGACCUCUUCAUGACCUGCAAUUGUUCGACCAGGCGAGCAGAGGGCCAUGGGGCUCCGUAAUGCUGUUGAAACGUAUCAGAUACAAACACUACGUUUCUCUUGGUGCCCUUUUGAUGAUCGUUAGCGCCCUAACUUCACCGGUAACGCAACUCGCCAUCAAAUAUCCUGUCCGAGACUCUGUGGCCCUGCACGAGGAAGCCAAAGCUGCGGCUGUACGCAACAUGACGUCGGACGAAGACCGCAUGAACUUAGGGGCACGCCGAGCUUUAGUGCUAGCCACUUUGUCUGACAGCACCGAUUUCAUGGAGCCUAUCGCACCCGCAGGCGCGUUCUGCUCUACAGGCAAUUGCACCUUUGAUCGGUAUCAGUCUCUGGGCAUUUGCAUGAAGACGGCGAACAUCACCGAACACUUGAAAGUGGAGGAGUUCGAUUCCCCAGACAUGAUCGACACCCUUGUCUUGGGUUUCCCAAAGCCUGAUGCAAAGGUGUGGCGAGCAUCUCUCCCUAGUGGCUUGGAAAUGGCUCAUCAAACACCAUUGGCGGCCAUGACUGACAUGCUCAACGGGAGUGAGACCUUUGCAUUCCAAGACGAUGAAGAUCUCAAGCAAACUAGGAUAUCUUCUUUUACCGUCAUCUACACCAACCCGACCGAGCUGAACGAGACGUGGUAUAACGGGCUCUCUGAAAUCGCCGGAGCGCCGUUUGCGUCCGACCUCAUCGGCGCAAUUUACAAUUUUCGACAUGAAGCAAUGGAGGUCAUGUAUCAUCUGUGCGUUCAAACGUUCGAGACAAGGGUUUCUAUGGGUAUCGAAAGAACUACUCUUGUCGAGACGUCUGCUGUACCUGUUGAACAAGAGAAACCCUUCUUUCUGGACAUGCGGUGCCGGCCACUCCUUGGAGAAGCAUCGCGUACGUGCAACCAGAGCAUCGACCGUUGGCACGAAACAUUGCAUCUCAAGGAUCCGAGGUUUUUGACAAAGCUUGACGCUGACUCGACUCUCGAGGAGGAACAUUACAGUGCAAGCUAUUUCUCUUUAGAGAAGAUAUCCACCAUUCUAAAGACCGAUAUCAUGGGCUAUGCGAGUGCUAGCUACGUCACCGAAGAGUAUCAGGAUACAGCCGUUUUCUUCCGUGGACAAGAGUUUCUCAAGACUCUUUUUCAAACUGUCAUAUAUGACUUGAAGAACAUCGCCAACUCUACUCUUCGACAAAUCGCCUUGAACAAUAUACACACAAAUGUUGCGACCAGUGUAUCAACAAUCAUGCGAGUCAAUCAACCGCAGAGUUACGCCUUCAAUUCUUUCAACAUUUCUGGCAAAGCACUAACGCAGGUCUCAUACGUUCACAUCACUUGGGGAUGGAUAUCUAUGCUUGCAGUCGAGAUCGUGAUGGCUCUGCUAUUUCUUGCCCUUACAAUCGUGAGCCAAAUGAAACUGAAUGGUCGACAGGCAUCGAGCAGAGAAGAACGUAGUGCAUUCCGGGAAGCCAAAAACUCGUCUUUGGCCAUGCUAGUCGCCCUGGACGAAGACUCUCGUGCUAGAGCAGGCGGUGGACUCCGGCCUUUGGAUGAACUUCAAAGCGCUUCCAAGGCUCUAAAGGUUCGAUUUGAGGGUCGCCAAAUGGUCACGGCUGAUGAGACGACUAUCGAAACCUCGGAAGUCGGUGAUCGUGUCAUUUAG